AAGAGAGAAUGUAUUAAAUCGAGGAUGGAACAACUUUCUUUAUCAGAAUUUUUCUCACCUGGACAGAAGUCACGGCGACAGUUUAUGUGACGCUUAGCCGAUCCACAUUGGUCUUACUUUGCAGCCUGCCGUUCAGAUUCUUUGACCGCACAGUUGCAAGGAGGGUCACCGGUUCAACCCGAGGAAUGGCUCAGAAGGUUCUUGUCACAGGUGGAGGGGGCUACAUUGGCAGCCAUUGUGUGGUGGAGCUCAUAGAGGCUGGCUUUCUUCCUGUCGUGAUUGAUAACUUCAGCAAUGCUGUACGAGGAGAGGGUGAUGUCCCAGAAAGUUUGCGAAGAAUUGAGGCAUUUCUGGACACAACCAUUGAGUUCCACGAGCUGGAUUUGCUUGACAAACCUGGACUAGAAAGGAUAUUUAAAAAGCACAAAUUCCAUGCAGUAAUGCACUUUGCCGGCCUAAAAGCAGUGGGUGAGUCUGUUGAGCAGCCUCUGCGAUACUACCGUGUCAAUCUCACAGGAAGCAUCAACCUGCUUGAGGUUAUGCAGGCUCAUGGGGUACACAAUGUGGUAUUCAGCAGCUCAGCUACGGUGUACGGAGAUCCCCAGAAGCUGCCAAUCGAUGAGAGCCACCCAGCAGGGGCUUGCACCAACCCUUACGGCCAGACCAAGUACUUCAUCGAGGAAAUGAUCAAAGACCAUUGUAAAGCAGAGAAGGACUGGAAUGCUGUAUUGCUAAGGUACUUCAACCCCAUUGGUGCUCACAUCUCUGGACAAAUUGGUGAAGACCCACAGGGUAUUCCCAAUAACCUGUUGCCAUACGUCGCCCAGGUUGCCAUUGGUAGAAGGAAACAAUUGAAUGUGUUUGGAAAUGACUACAAUACAAUUGAUGGAACAGGGGUCAGAGACUAUAUCCAUGUGGUAGACUUGGCAAAGGGACACAUAGCAGCUCUCAGGAAACUGGAAGAAAGUUGUGGAUGCAAGGUGUAUAACCUGGGAACAGGCACAGGUUACUCAGUGCUGCAGAUGGUGAAGGCUAUGGAGAAGGUCUCAGGGAGAAAGAUCGCCUACCAGAUUGCCCCACGGAGGAGUGGUGACAUCGCGUCCUGUUAUGCUGAUCCCCAGCUGGCUGAGAAGGAGCUGGGCUGGAAGGCUCAGUUUGAUCUGGAGAGGAUGUGUGAAGAUCUGUGGCGCUGGCAAUCCAAGAAUCCUACUGGUUUCUGCAACGGCACAGCUGAAUGACACAGAUCUCCGAAUCAUGGAGAUUAAUCAAAAAUCACCGGGCCAAAGCAGACCAUGACUUCCUCAUGUUUACAAUGCAUAACAUACUUCUGAUGGAAUGGACACGUCAAAGAAAAAUACUUAUUUAAUUACUUUUUUCUGUUUUUAUGAUUUUCAUCUCUCAUGUUAUAAUUUCUUUCAUUUAAUCAUUUAAAAUCUUUAUGAAAUUGUUAUUUUCUAUGGUGACACCUGUAAAACAAAUACUUUAUUUCUUUGUACUGUACUGUCUUUAUGAUUUUAAUAGUUCUUGUCAAAGAUUAAAAAUAUUAAUUUAAUGAUUUUAUCAUAAA